AAUUUUUGUCGAUUGUAUCGAACUUUACGAAAUUGUUACUGUGGUAUGAUGAAGCUUUAUACAUGUUUUUCCUGGCUAUAGUUGAUUCUUAUCUUGUUGAUUCAUACAAGGAAGUUGCAGCUUGAUUUUUAUUAAUGGUUGAAGUUUUUCAAUUCUUCUUUUGUUUGAAUUGAAUUUUUUUUCUAUGUUGGAAUUCUUAGUACUUAGGGUUAUCAAUGGUUGUUUUAAUUAGGGUUAUAACAAAGCCUUGGUUGGCUUUUAAAACCAAAUCAACCCAUGAACACAUGCUCACAUAUCCAGAAUCUAAAAUAAUCCCAGGUGAUCUCCAAUAUUCAUUCAUUUUGAUUAACAUCAUAAACACGUGGUCAUAGCCAGAGUCUUGGCUACACUGCGUCAAGCAAAUCUCUUCAUGUUUAGUGAAAUUAGCCUCCUUUAUGUCUUGACAUUGUUACUGCUGUAGGAGAGCGGAAAUGUUUCUGCUAAUAAUGAUUUGGUAAUCAAUUUAGAAAACAUUCACAUCCAAACAGUGUUGAUUAAAAUACUUUUGGUCCAAUAUGAGGAUUUGUCUACUUUAAGGAAUAUAUUCCAUCUGAAAGACACAGACAGUAGGUUCCGUAUUUUAUCUGAAGAGAAAAAGAGAGAAGGAGAUGUCGGGUAUGGGAGAUGGAUAUGUGGGCACUGCCCAAGAUGCCGUUCGGAUCAGACGGCUAGAGAAACAGAGAGAAGCUGAACGUCGUAAAAUUCAAGAGCUGAAAACCAAGUCUGCCACCUCCAAUGGCCAACCUGGUCUCCUCCAAUUUGGCUCCAGCACUUCCGAGAUUCUUGAAACUGCUUUUAAGAAAGAAACUGUUGGUCUUGUCACCCGUGAACAGUAUGUUGAGAAGAGGGUUAAUAUUCAAAGUAAAAUAGAGGAGGAAGAGAAGGAGAAGCUUCAGAAGCAACUACAAGAGGAGGAGGAGCUUCAAUUACAAAAGCGCAAAAAGAGGAAAAUCAAGGGAAAUUCGAGACUAUCAUUUUCCGAAGAUAUUGUUGACAAUGAUGCUCAGGAAGAGGAAGAGUCACAUCAAAGUAAUGAUAUAGAAACAAAUGGAGGAGUACGGUGUGGUAAGCUUGGUAAAGACCCCACCGUCGAAACUAGCUUUCUACCUGACAGUGAGCGAGAGGCUGAGGAGCAAGCUGAACGUGAAAGGCUGCGCAAACAGUGGCUCCGUGAGCAAGACCAAAUUCGAAACGAGCCUCUUCAAAUCACAUACAGUUAUUGGGAUGGAACUGGCCAUAGGCGUGUCAUCCAGGUACGCAAGGGUGACACCAUUGGAGAGUUUCUUCGAGCAAUUCAACAGCAACUUGCGCCUGAAUUCCGAGAGAUUCGAACAACCUCGGUUGAAAAUCUGCUUUAUGUGAAAGAAGACCUUAUCAUUCCUCAUCAACACAGCUUCUAUGAACUAAUUGUGAACAAAGCGAGGGGCAAAAGUGGACCGCUUUUUCAUUUUGAUGUGCAUGAGGAUGUCCGUACAAUUGCCGAUGCCACUAUAGAGAAAGAUGAGUCUCAUGCUGGAAAAGUUGUAGAAAGGCACUGGUAUGAGAAGAACAAGCAUAUAUUUCCUGCUUCAAGAUGGGAGAUAUAUGAUCCAACAAAAAAGUGGGAACGUUACACCAUCCAUGGAGAUUAAGCUUUUGCUUCCAAAUAACUUUACUUGGAUUUGCUGCUUUUGAGUUUUAAUCUGAUCUUCAGUUGAGCUGAUUAUGCCUCAAAUUCCACCUUGAUAGUGUUGGUUCAAUUAGUCAGAUUUACAGCAAUUCCAGUGUUUGGAAUGAGUGGUCUUUAUUGCUAUAAUUUAUUCUAGAAACUUGGACAAUUAGUCAGAUUUAUUUUACAAUACAAUGCAAAUCUGACAGACUGGGCAUCUAAAAUUGCAGAUUUUUUUUUUGUUAUGAAAAAUUUAAGUUUAAGGGAUGCUUUUUUGGCUUUUA